AUUUAUGUCAAACCUCUGAAUUUCUGAAACACAUACGAGUAGGAGAAGUCAAAACUUCAAAUACCCAAAUCCCAAUGCAAAAUUUAGCGCCAAGAAAGCAGCAAUGCUCUCUUUUGCUUUACUCCAUUCCUCUUCUUCACCAAAACCACAAUUCCAUUUUCACUACAAAAAUCAAAUCCCCAAACUCCCAUUUCAAUCCCUCCAUUUUUCACCCUUUACGGUAUUACCCAUAAAAUUACAGAGCAAACCCUCGUUCUUGAGCUUAUCAUCAUGUUUUCCAUCUUCUACUUCUUUGAUUGGUGACGAGUUUGAGGUGGAAUUGGGCCGAUUACUGACGCUAUUACCGGAGGAGAUGCGGCGGAGCGUUAGCGAACAUCCAGAGUUUUGCUACUUAAUUGAAGUGGUUAUGGACUUGGGUCGUAAGCCACUUGCUCGCUUCCCCUCCGGCGAUUUUAUCUUGUCCGAUCAUCCAAUAACCCUAGAUGAUCUUCAACAUGCUAUAUCCAAGGUUGGUGACUUUGCAGUUGAUAAUAGAGCUGGCAUUAGCAGAACUUUACACCGAAUUAGUGCUAUUAGAAACCGGAAAGGUGCAAUUAUUGGAUUAACUUGUCGAGUUGGUCGUGCACUAUCUGGAAGUGCCAACGCAUUGCGAGAUCUAGUUAAAGAUGGUGCUUCUCUGUUGCUCAUUGGUCCUCCUGGAGUUGGAAAAACAACUAUUAUCAGGGACAUAGCCAGGAUGCUUGCAAAUGAUUAUGGGAAGCGCGUAAUGAUUGUUGACACAUCUAAUGAAAUUGGCGGGGAUGGUGAUAUACCUCAUGCAGGGAUAGGUAAUGCUCGCCGGAUGCAAGUUCCACACUCUGAUGUGCAACACAAGGUGCUGAUAGAAGCAGUGGAAAAUCAUAUGCCACAAGUGAUUGUAAUCGAUGAGAUUGGUACUAACCUUGAGGCAAUGGCUGCUAGCACCAUUGCACAACGAGGAAUUCAGUUAGUUGCAACUGCUCAUGGAGUAACAAUAGAUAAUUUAGUGAUGAAUCCUGCUUUAGAGAUGCUGGUUGGAGGAGUACAGAGUGUAACACUUGGCGAUGAAGAGGCAAGCAGGAGAGGUGUUCAGAAAAGUGUGCUGGAGAGGAAGGGUCCAUCAGCUUUUAGCUGUGGGGUUGAGAUAAUCUCCAAGGCAGAACUGAGAGUUCACCCUGAUUUAGAAGCAACAGUAGAUGCAAUUCUUGCAGGCCGUUACCCAAGAUAUGAAACCCGCAAGAUAAAUCCAGGAUCACAAGAUGAAACAAGGGAAAGUUCAUCCACCCAAGCACCAUUUGAUGAGAGGAAUGAAGUUUUGGUUGAAGAUAUUAUCCAGAUGAAUGGAGGUGUACCUGGUUCUACCGAGCUCAUCUCGGAAACAGAUCCAAGCAUUGAAGGAGGGUCUGGUGAAAGUGAGAAUGCCCUUUGCAUUUUUCUUUAUGGGAUCUCAGAGGCGAGUGUGAUACAAGGGAUAAAACAGUUAAACAUCGAUGAUGCCAUUGAGUUUACUGAUAAUAUCAGCGAAGCAGAUGUGUUACUUGCUCUGCAGUCCAAGCUUAAGAAAAACUCUCGGAUUCAAGCAGCUGCAAAAUCUCACGGCAUUCCGAUUUAUAUGACAAAGACAAGCUCCUCAACGCAGUUGGCAAAGGCUAUAGAGGCAUUAAUGGAUGAUUUUGCUGAUGGCUUUGAGUUUCUCGAAUCUGAAGCUAAGACGAAUGAGUCUGAAAAGAUUGAUGCGUUGGAGGAGGCUAGAAUAGGCAUGGAGCGUGUAGUAAUUCCAAAAGGGGAACCUGUUGAGCUACUCCCUCGGCCUUCAAAUAUUAUAUUGCUUCAGAAGGAUCUUAUUAGGAAGUACAAGCUAAAAUCAGAGCGAAUUGGAACAGGAACGGAUGUAAGGCUUCGAAUUCUCCCUUUCUCCGGUGCACCUGAUGAAGACAGUCAGGAUAGUGAAGGAGUUGAUGAUGAGAGCGAAGUUGAUGAAUUAUUCAGCCCGAAUGCUGAAUCAAAUGGAUCUGCCUUCAGGGUGGAUAGAUUACCUCUACUACCUGAGUAGAAAAUAUGUUGUUUAGUUUUAAUAGCAGUUUGUCUCUAGCAGAGUAGAAAUGUCUAUAUUUCUCGAGUCUUGACCAGCGCACCUUACACAGUGCAUCCCUCAACAUCUAUUGAGCAUACUCUGAAUAAAUACAAAUGGUACAAGUUUGGUUUUGAAUUCUGA